UAAACGCCGUAGAACAUGGUUCGUGUUUGAAGCCCUGAAAUUUAGAACUUUAGACAAUUUUGACUCAAAUAAAAGAGAUGCAGCCGAGGAGAUCAGCCACCGGAAGGCCGUCGGGAACUGAUGGCUCCGAUUAUUCCUAUCGCAUGGUCGUUGAUUCAAGGUACACUAAAGUGGCCAAAGGGAAGUCUCGUCUGUCUACAUUCUUCUUAAUCCAGGGACUUGUUUUAGUAGGUGGUCUUAUUUUAACAUUGUUACCAUUGCUAAAGGGAGAAAACCCUGAUGUGUUUGGCAUUUCAUCAGUUAUUCUCAGUUUUCUUUCUCUUCUUAUUGGUGAAUUAGGUCGAAGGCAAAGCCGGUCAACAUUCUUGAAAAUUUACUUGAUCACGUCAUGCGCCGCAGUGUUGCUCUCAUUAGCUUGUGCAAUAAAGACCAAUAUAUUUUUUGAGGUUAUUCAAUGCGAGGUUGUGAACUGCUGGAACAAACAACGGCGACAACUCAUUGAAGCUCUUCAUAUUCUCCUCGAAGUUUCAGUGGGGAUUUUCGCUGCUACCACCGGAUUAUCUCUAAUACAUAACAUGUCUCCGCCUAAACGAUCAUCUUGAGGCCUCCACCUUCAACGAAUGACUGAUUCUGUAGAACUGAGAUUCCAUCGAUACUACACAGUAGGAUCGACAGUUUUUUCUUUUUUCAGAAAUCUGUUUUCUUAUUUUUUUGAAUCUUCAAAUUUCGACUUUUAAUCAUUAAAACCGAGAUAAUUUUUUUCGGUUCCGGCAUCUUUAUCACCAUGAUCAUCAUUCAUACUGCUCUACAGAAACGUGAUAUGUCAUGUUGUAUGGCCACUAUUUAACAGAGAUAGCUAAUCAAGUUCCAAACAAGUCUAUCAAAAUGGCCAUGGGUAAAAUCAUACAGUCGGUUUCAUGACAUCGUCUCUCAGGCCCAACCCAACAAAGCUUAAUGCAUACUCUUACUCUACAAUUUUCUUUAUGGUCUGAUUCAAUUAGAAAUGAUUUUUCGAAGAGACCGUCUAUCACAAGAAUUUGUGAAAAUCGUAUCAGAAUGGAAACCUAGUUGUUUGUGAUGUUUUAAGUACAAGGAAUUACUUAAUUGCUUUUUUAGAUGAACCAGUUCAUUAGGAUUAAUAUAAUUAACUAAAACUUGAUUUUGUAUGAUUAAUAUUCUUUUACUUAUUUCUUAAAGUAGAUGUAUCUUUUUUUAGUUGCUCCUCUACCCCAUUGAAACGCUCUGAACCAAAUUUAAGUGGUUAGGUGAAAAUUGAACUCAAGAUCUUACCUAGAAAAGUGAUAUUUAUUCUUCAAUUGAAAAAUACCCGAGUCUUUCUUGAG